GGGCUCCGGAGUUGCUGGUAUGGACUCGAACGCCAGCAUCAAGGCACGGAGGGGCGAGCGUGUGCCGAGCCUACGGCUGGCGAAUGGCCGUGUUAGUCAUGGAACACCAUCUGAGGAAGAGAUCCGUUCUCCUCGAAGUCUCCAGAAAGAGGAUUCUAUCAAGAUCAGUAUCGACAACGUCAACACUUGCACGGACUCUCUCGUGACGGCUGUUGACGAAGAUGGUCUCGUCAGCGACUACAUUAGCUCAGAAAUGAACUACAAAGACAGCCGUCACGUUUCCAACUCGACCGCACGAGAUGGGACAGGGGAAAAAGAUGACGUCAGUCUUUACGGGACUCCCAAAGAAGAGGUGGGUCCGUUUCUCACCGAUGCCAAGUCCUCAUUUAUGAAGAUCCAGCUCGAGUCCUUAUUCCAUCCGUCUGAUAAUAAGCUAGCCAUGAAACUGUUUGGAAGUAAAAAGGCUUUAAUGAAAGAAAGAAUCCGCCAGAGGGCUGCAGGGCAUUGGAUCAUCCACCCUUGUUCUAAGUUUAGGUGA